CCAUAGUGGAUUCAGAUUUUCCUUUUCUUUACUGACUUUCCAUUUUGCAAAUGUCCAAAGCCAGGAGGAUGUUGGUGUGUGCCAGAGUUGUAAAUGACUGGAUAUCCUUGAGAGUUAAUGGUUCCUGCAGCAUCAUGUUCCAGUUCUCCCACAAAGACCUCGUGUCCUUCAUUCCUUGGGAGUUUAAACAUGAAAUUCUAAUCUUGUGUCAGUGAAGGGAUACAAAACAGGGAGUGAGGGUUGGAGGGGGGCUUCCCUGAAAUGCCUAGUUUAAACAAGAUGUUUUCACUUGAGCACUUUGUAAGUUCAUGAUCCUGGUAAAUCACAAGGACACAUGGAUUCACAAAAUUCAUAGUAUUUGAGAAUUAACCACAGUAUUUUGUAAAAGGAGAAACAAGACCCGUCAUCUUAUUUAGGUUGAUCCUGACACUUAGCAGCAAGCCUUCCUUCCUCCAACCCAGCUACAGAUGGUAGCACUGAUCUUACUAGAGAUUUUCGUCCCUUGACCUUUAGCAGAAGGUUGGGUUCCAGUCGAGUAGAGAGGCCUUCUCCUCUGAGAUGUACCUCAUCUUAUUUUGGACUCAUUCACAAGAGAGGCUUGCAUUACCUAAACUUUGUCAAUACAUUCUGCAUCCACAAAACUGGGGGAAAGGGCAAUUUUUUCUUUUUGGCUAGUCUCACAUAUGCUGGUUUUUUUAUUUGGGGGGGUUGUUAAAGGAAUCCACACAAGCCUGCAGAGGCUUAGCUCUAGUACUAAAAUACAUCUAUGCUAUAGAUCUACUUUAUUUGGUGCUAGCCUGGUAUCUUCUGUAUGCUGUGAAUCUGAAUUAUUUCAUAUACCUUUGGGAAAUAUUCAGCUAGAAACACUUGAGAAAAGACAGUAAGGCAUGUAGCUACAAAGUGUCAGCUGACAUUUCAUUUUCCUGGCAUAAAAGCUUUUAUAGAGGUUUGCAUUAUUUUCUCCAAAAGCAUUUAUUGUUUGAGUUGGUCGUUUUGACAGUUAACUGUCAGUUAUGAUCUGCCUUUCCAGCCUCAUCUUGAUUAUUUCUGUAUGGGUUUAAGUGCUUGGAGUAUAACUUAGAAGUGUUUUUCUUGAACACAAGCACUGAUCCUCUGCCAAUGAAUAAAUAGUUGAGAGAGGUGGGAAUGACUGAUUUCUAAUUGCGGUUUGAAAGGAAGUUGAAUUCAUAAAUUGGAAAAGCGUGGAACCUAUUCUUGUUGUUGCUAUUGUAGAAAAAGAUUUCUUCAGGCCACUGUGGAAGUGGAUGGGAGGUUUCUCCUUGGUGCCCAGUGAACAUCUUUAUCUAACUAGUCAAGUUCACACCAGAGAGUUGGACAAGGAAAGUUGGGUUGAAAUUUAAACUUAUAUUGGUUGUUGGGACAGAAUCAUUGGAUUUUUAAAAUUUUUUUGUAAUGGGUUAAUGUCAGAGAAAGUGAUGCCAACAUCCUGGGAUGGGGAGGGGGAGGGGCGAGAGCUCAGUGAGUAUUCCCAUUAUUUACACUUAUUGCCGUAGAUUCAGAAGACUCUCAGGCAUUUUAAGAAAAACAGUUCUCUUCGGUUUCACAUCUUUUUGCCUCUUUCUUACCUGCCUCCUAUCAUUGCCCAGAAGCCUAUUCCAGAAGUGGAGGUGAGGAAGACGUAGGAAAAAGAGAGAAGGAGACUAGAACAAGCAGCCAGCAAUCCUGGCUGCACCAGAGUGCACAAAAGGUGACCUGAAGAGAAAGGGCCACUGGGUUAAGACAGUGGAGAAUUCUCGUAAUAAAGACUAUCUUGGACCAGACCCAACCACAUGCAGGGCUUACAGAGAAAUAUUCAGAGGGAACCCACACUACCAGAAGCAGAGGGACAGCCGAGCAAAGGACAGGAGGGCACAUUUGCUCCCAGUCAUCAAUCCCUGCGUGCUUCCAGGCUGAGGAAGAAGGCACUUUCCUAGGAGCAGCACUAACUGGAUCUCAGUUAAAACUGAAGCGGGACGUUAGUCCUUUCUGAGAAAGAUUUUCAGCUUAGUCUACUUUUUCAUGUGGUCAAUAAGAUUUUUUAUUAUUUAUCAUUAUUUUUUAAACUUUUUUGUUACUGAAGUAUAAUUGAUUUUCGAUAAGGUUUGUAAGUGGGGAGGAAAUAUUAAAUUCAGUGGUCAACAUUAUUCUCUAAUUUUUUUUAUUCCACCCACAUAAGUAUUCGAUUGCAAAGGUCUCCCCUCCCCCAAUAAUGGAAUGGAAUGAGAAAUUUGUUAGUUAAUAUGUAGCUUUAAGCCCAGAUGAAAUCUUAACCCAUGAAAGUCUUUGGCUCUCUCCAUUCUUACCAUGUCCUAGGAACGUGACCUCUGAUGGUGAGAUGAGUAAGCUGAAGAACAUAAUUGACACUUUGAGUUUAUUUUAAAAAUUUCAUUGUAAUUCUUAUCAAGUACUUGCUUACAUUUUUCUCACUGGUCAGUUUAUUUCAGGACUACGCUUGUCUGAGACCUAUGAUGCCUGAGGUUUCUUGGGUGCAUCUUGUGACUUGAAUGAAAAAUUUUAAUGAGAUCUGGAUAGAUAGAUUAGGAAAUAUCUAAAGUGCUUAUUAGGUCUGGUUGACUCUGUAGAGCUGACCCAAGAGCAGGCAAAUUGCUUCCAAGAGACAGUCCAGAAAAACAGCUCUGUAGCAGGCAAAUCUUGACACCACAGUAUAUUCUGGGUAGCUGCUCUGCAGUAAUGCAGCCCUGGCUUUCUGGGCAGUGUUGUUAUUCCUGCUGCAUAAUUAGCAACUAGUGAGAUCAUAGUCUGGGGAGAUUCUGGCAUUACUGAGGCAAAGCAGGGAGGUUUUGUAUCAUCACAUGUGGCUUCGGCUCUGACAGUGUUUCUGCUGAGCAGAUUCAUAUCCUUGGGAAUUUAAGUCCAAAGGUGGAGGAGGAGAAAGAUUUGUACCUGGGAAGUGGACUGCCCCAGACUCUUUGGUUGUGUGGCAGCAUGCUGAAACACUGCCUGCUGUAUUGAUGUAACCAGAGUAAAUUGUCACUUCUUUUGCUAUUUGUUGUGUCCUUGCUGGUUUCUUUAUAGAGGGCAAAGACUGUAAAGCUGUCUUCCUUGCACAGAGGAUGAUGGUAGAUCAGCUGGGCCCUUUUUCUGGAGCAGUAUGAGAUUGGGAAAGAUUCUUGGCUUUGAAGCCAGCACAGAUUCUAAUUGUCAGUCAAUCCCCACCCCCCUCUUUCAGUCCAUUUUUUAGAACCAAAUUUGACCUUUUUAGGAGCCUCGUGAGACACUUCACAUUUGUGAAGAUCCAGGUAAAGCGUUUCCCUGACUGUCAGCUUACUUUGAAGUUGAAAGCCUAGAGCAGUAUUUCCCAAAGUGUGUUCCAAGGAUCAUUUGCCCCCCAAGAUACUCUAGAAAUAAGGGGUUCCUUAAUCAUGUGUGUGAAACUCUGCAUUCUGUUUUCUCCCACCCUUCACCAUUAGCAUAUUAAAAGCCUUUAAGAGGUCUUCCCAGAAGCAGUUUCCUAAAGCUUUUUGACACAGCAGUCCUGUUUCCUUGUAAAAGCAAUUAACAUAUUAAUAUCUGUGGAACUAGCUAGUUUAAUGGAUACACUUCAGGAAGUGCCAGGCUAUAUUUCCACUAGGAAAAAUCAUUGGAUCGAGUGUAGGUUUAGGCACAGCCUGAUUCUGCCUUUGAUCCCCAGUCCCUCCUACUGGCCCCAUGGAGCGCUCUCUUGGGGGAUCAGAAGAGCAGCUACUGUUACCCCUGGGCUAAUGAAGCCUAGAGCCCUGGUGGCUUGGAACCAAAGGCCUUCACUCCGCUGGGAAAGGUGCUGCUGCUACUCAUCUCAUUAUUCUGAGAAUGACUGAGACUGGAGGGGCUGAGGAGAAACAAAAGUAGGAGCGUGCUGGCGGGAAUAAGUGGAGAUACGACCUAGUCUCUAGAGAGCAGACCUCGGUGCUUAGCUCAGAAUCCUAAUGCACCUGGCUAACUGGUGGUGAGCAGGGGGUUUGGGGCCAGCGUGGUGGGCUCCCCAAGGAAACCCCUUUGAAACCAAUGGAUGCAUUCACGGGCUCGGGUCUCAAGAGGAAGUUUGAUGAUGUGGAUGUGGGCUCAUCAGUUUCCAACUCAGAUGAUGAGAUCUCCAGCAGUGACAGUGCAGACAGCUGCGACAGCCUCAAUCCUCCUACAACUGCCAGCUUCACACCCACAUCCAUCCUGAAGCGGCAGAAGCAGCUGCGGAGGAAGAAUGUGCGCUUUGACCAGGUGACUGUGUACUACUUUGCCCGGCGCCAGGGAUUCACCAGUGUGCCCAGCCAGGGCGGCAGCUCUCUGGGCAUGGCCCAGCGCCACAACUCUGUUCGCAGCUAUACUCUCUGUGAGUUUGCUCAAGAGCAGGAGGUGAACCAUCGGGAGAUUCUCCGUGAACACCUGAAGGAGGAGAAACUCCAUGCCAAGAAGAUGAAGCUGACCAAGAAUGGGACAGUGGAGUCGGUGGAGGCCGACGGCCUGACACUGGAUGAUGUUUCAGAUGAAGAUAUUGAUGUGGAAAAUGUGGAGGUGGAUGAUUACUUCUUCCUGCAGCCCCUGCCCACCAAACGGCGACGGGCCCUGCUGAGAGCUUCUGGGGUCCACCGCAUUGAUGCUGAAGAGAAGCAAGAACUUCGAGCCAUCCGCCUGUCACGGGAAGAGUGUGGUUGUGACUGUCGACUGUACUGUGACCCGGAAGCGUGUGCCUGUAGCCAGGCUGGGAUUAAAUGCCAGGUGGAUCGCAUGUCCUUCCCAUGUGGCUGCUCCCGGGAUGGCUGUGGGAACAUGGCUGGACGCAUUGAAUUCAAUCCAAUUCGGGUCCGGACUCAUUACCUCCACACCAUCAUGAAGCUGGAGCUGGAGAGCAAGCGGCAGGUGAGCCGCCCGCCAGCGCCGGACGAGGAGCCCUCCCCCACUGCCAGCUGCAGCCUGGCCGCAGCCCAGGGCUCGGAGACACAGGACUUCCAGGAGUUCAUUGCUGAGAAUGAGACGGCAGUGAUGCACCUGCAGAGCGCGGAGGAACUGGAGCGGCUCAAGGCGGAGGAGGACUCCAGCGGCUCCAGUGCCAGCCUGGACUCCAGCAUAGAGAGCCUGGGCGUGUGCAUCCUGGAGGAGCCCCUGGCUGUCCCCGAAGAGCUGUGCCCAGGCCUCACGGCCCCCAUUCUCAUCCAGGCUCAGCUGCCCCCAGGCUCCUCCGUGCUGUGUUUUGCCGAGAACUCAGACCACCCAGCCGCCUCCGCAGUGAACAACGCAUCCUACUUGAACAGUGGGCCCCUAGUCUAUUACCAGGUGGAGCAGAGGCCAGUCCUGGGGGUGAAAGGAGAGCCUGAUACAGAAGAAGUCCCAUCCUCUUUCCCCAAGGAGAAGGAUCUGAAUGUCUUCUCUCUCCCUGUUACCUCACUGGUGGCUUGUAGCCCAACAGACCCGGCUGCCCUCUGUAAAUCAGAGGUGGGGAAAACAUCCACUCUAGAAGCACUAGUGCCCGAAGAUUGUAACCCCGAGGAGCCUGGGAAUGAAGACUUCCGUCCCUCCUGGUCCCCCUCCAGCCUCCCCUUCCGCACGGACAAUGAAGAGGGCUGUGUGGUGGAGAAGACCGCACAGCGGAGUGAGGACCGGCCCCCCGAAGAGCCUUCCCCAGAGCUCCCGCUGGCAGUGUGACACGGGGAUGGAGAUUCUGCCUCUCACCCAGUCUCUAUUUAUUCCCUUAUUUUAUCUAACACCAUUUCAAAACAAAACUGUAGAAGCAGCUGCUGCUCCCUUGUUAUUUUAUUGGGGUCUCUGGGGAUUGGGUGGGAAAGGAUUGUUUGUACAAGUAUUUUUUAAAGGGCAAACAGAACCAAGGAGACCAGCCCCAGCUCAAUCUGGGGCUACAGUCGGGGCAGAGGAGGCUGCAUACUGAGCUUGCUGGGCCACCGGAACAAAGAACGAGGAUCUCACAGGAGAAGCUGGGUAAUUCAAGCAGCUAUUCAUGUAGGGAUCAGAACACAGCAAUUUGAACAGCAUGGCAAAGCCCCUCCCCCUCUCCUGAGCUCCAGGUGGGGUACAGGCUCAUUUUCCUCAGUGGUUACUCUGAUCCCCCAUCUUGGUGUAUCAUAAUAGUACAGUUGAAAUGUCACCUGGUCGAAUCCAGAGAAGAGGGGGUGGAAGGGUCUCUGCUUCUGUACAAAACCUCCAGGAUUUAUAAAAAUUUGACCUGCCUUUCCUGGCCCCCUGUUUGGUAAAUAAGUUAAUAUUUGACAUGUUUGGUGUUCUCUGACCUGCUCCCCACACUGGGGAUUCCUGGUCUGUAACUUGAAUUGUUUCUUUCACAUGUUCUUAGGUACUAGAGUUAACCUCGUCUAUUUGUCUCCCCCGCCUCCCCCCCCCCCCACACCUCCAUCCUUUUUCCUUUGAAGGGAAAGAGCCAGACCGGCUGGGGACGCGGUAUAAAGAGCCUGAGUCUUCUCUACGCGUCUAACCCUCGCGCUGUCAGGCCGCUUUAGUCUGGGGCUCACACAUCCCAUGGGAGGCCUGUAUGAAGCAUUAACUAUGUCCAAAGGAGGCAGCAGGAACAGGCUGCUGUCUGGGAAGAAGAUGGCUUCGUUCAUGCCACGGUUGCUUUUCCACCCACGUUUUUUCCCCCCACUUUGGGAGAUUUGAGCUUUAAAGGAAUGUAGGAUGUGGCAGUCUAAAGUCACCAACUAGUUUUUAUUCCUUUUUUUCUGUAUCUACCCUAAUGGUCCUUCUUAGAUACACAGGGUAUUCUUACAAUAUUCAGCCCCAAGAACUGCAAGUGUUUAUUGAAUCCCUCCAUCUUGGUAUAUAAAAAUUGGAAGCUAAACCAGUUCUUAAACACUACAUACAACUCCCAGGUUCUAAAGAAAUCAGGUUUUGACUAUAACCUUUGAAGGGCUAUAAAGUAGGACUCAAAUUCAAUUGGCACCUGAACUGGAGAGGAUACAGUUCCUGUUCCUCUUAUGCCCAGCAUAUGUUCCAGGAUAAACUCCUUUGAACAGCACUGAAUUCUUUUCUAUCAGCAAAGGUAUCUUUGCCUCUGUUUUAAAAGGGAGGCAGUAGGGAGCAAAACACUACUUUAGCGUCCUUUCCCCAUGCUUCACUUCUGGCGUGGUUCAGUAACCAGGAAAAAACAAAUAAAUUUUUUUUUUGGUGGAGGAGAUAACUGUUCCUACUUAACUUGCUCAUGAAGCCUUUUCUUGUGGGACAUUAAGGCCCUGGUGUCGGAAAGCAACUUCCGUGUAUGUCACAGCAGCGUUUCACCUAUCAAAGCUAAACUGAGCCUGAAAGGCCUUGUAUUUAACACCAAUACAUCUUUUAACUCAUUCUGCCUCUCCUGUUCGUUCCUGUUUUUGCCUGGUUUUAGAUUUGGAGGGGAUUACUAAGUCAUAGGUCUUUAUCUCUCCCCAUCCUCUGGCCUCACAAAAUAAUUUGAGUCUUAAGUACCUGAGAUCCAGGUUUGGGCAACACUCCCGCACCUUCGUGGUUCCCUCAAAUAUAAGACUAAAGCGUAACUGGGAAUUUGACUCUACAGAGAAGAAUCUGUCUGGAAGUCUGUGUUGGAAGGGGAGGGUAAGCGCUAUACAUGCCCUCCUCAGGAAGGCCGGCCUAAGCUGAGACGUGGCCUCCAGCUGUUCAGUAAGACACACAUUUGGGAUCAGACCAAGAAUCUGAAUCUAAUGAAACUCAUUGUCAACCCCCCAAGAUAACUUUUCUGAAAAACUAGUUCCUUAAUAUAAGUCCAUCCCUUCACUGACUGAGAUUCUGACUCGCCUAUCCCAAGCUGCUAAAUGCUAAAUAUUAACAUUUAGCAUUUACUGUCUUGUCAAGCAAAAGGCCUUUUCUACAACCUAGUCCCAACCUAGUCUGGUGCUACCUGAGUUGGACAGAACUAUAGCUCAUGGUUGCUAGAAAAUCUAGGCCUCUGAUCACAGAAGCAGAGAGCUUCAGUCCUGCUUAGUCGAGGCCUAGAUGAAAGAAAUGCUAAUUAUUACAACUCCUAUUAUUUUCCAAUUUCCUUUCUCACAUUCUGUACACAGGUAGUAUUUUCAAUGUGAAUCCAAAGCUUGUCUGGUUCUGAAAAAAAAUUUUUUUUUUUGCCUUUUAGGUCCUUUACAUUGUGAUAAUGUUGUAUUUAAAGAGAAUAUUUAAAUGUAAUAUUAAAGAAAUAUUCAAAAGAA